AUGGCACACGCGCUCAAGGACGUUGAAGCCGGCAAGGUGAGCGAAGCCGCCAUGGUUGAGUCGCACCAGCAGCAGGACGGCUUCGAUGAGGUGGAAGACCUCAAGCAUCUUGAGCACGAGCAGAGAAACGUCGGCACGCUCGAGCGGAGGCUGAAGUCGCGCCAUGUUCAGUUCCUCGCCCUCUCCGGCGCCAUUGGCACCGGUCUCUUCGUGGGAAGUGGUCAAGCCCUGAGUCUCGCGGGGCCCUUGUCCACCUUCCUGGCAUACCUGAUUACCGGCUUCAAUCUCUACGCCGUCAUCAACAGUCUCGGCGAGAUGGCCGCCUAUCUGCCACUUCCGGGUGCCGUGCCCGUCUACGCUGCCCGCUUCGUCGACGACGCGCUGGGCUUCACGCUGGGCUGGAACUACUGGUACCAGUUCGCUAUCGGCGUGCCGAUUGAGAUCUCGGCCGCCGCGGUGGUGAUAGGAUAUUGGCCGAACACGAUCUCCAACGCUGUGUGGAUUACUGUGUUGUUCAUCCCGAUGGUGCUCAUCAACUGCUUCCCUGUGCGCAUCUAUGGAGAGGCGGAAUUCGUAUUUGGCGCAAUCAAGCUCACCACGAUCGUCGGCUUGAUCCUGCUCAUGUUCAUCAUCACCCUGGGCGGCGCGCCCAACCACGGCCCCAUCGGGUUUCGGUACUGGGAUCAUCCCGGCCCGAUGCUGGAAUACCUCGAGGCCGGCGCCCUGGGUCGCUUCCUCGCGUUUUGGAAGGUUUUCAUCAACGCGACAUUCAGCUAUGGGGGGAGUGAGAUGGUGGUCGUGGCCGCCGGGGAGUGCGAGAACCCACGCAGGAACGUGCCCAAGGCCGUACGGCGCGUCUUCUGGCGCAUCGCCAUCUUCUACGUGCUGGCCAUCUUCCUGGUCAGCAUGUGCGUUUCGGCCAAGGACCCACGGCUCUUGAACGCGAUCAGCAGUUCCGCACCCGGUGCGGCGGCGAGCCCUUUCGUCAUCGCGAUCGUCAACGGCGGCAUCUCGGCGCUGCCGUCCAUCAUCAACGCCGUCAUCCUCUCGUCCGCGUGGUCGGCGGGCAACUCGUUCUUCUACGCCUCGACGCGUGUCCUCUACGCGACGGCACUGGACGGCCGCGCCCCUGCUUUUCUACGCCUCGAAAAGUUCGGUGUGCCGUACGGCUGCGUGGGAGCCACGACCUUGCUCUCCCUGCUAGUCUACCUCAAUGUCAGCUCGCGGUCGGCGGACGUGUUUUUCUGGAUCUCGAACCUCUCGGCCGUGAGCACCCUGAUCGUCUGGGCAAGCGUCUGCAUCACCUACAUCCGCUUCUACCAGGGCCUCCACCACAACGGUAUCCCGCGCUCGAGCCUGCCAUUCAAGUCCCCUCUACAACCAUUCCUGGCGUACUUUGCGCUCUGCUUUUGCACCGUCGUCGCGAUAUUCAACGGCUUCGACGCCUUCUUCCCCGGCCGCUUCAGCGCCAAGAGCUUCGUCCCGCCGUACAUCGACAUCCCCAUCUUCGCGAUCUUAUUCGUCGGGUAUAAAGUGGUCAAGAGGACAAAGUUCGUCAAGUUGGCCGAGAUGGAUCUGUGGAGCGGCAAGGCCGAAGCGGAUAGGCUGGAGGGAACGUGGCCGGAGGUCAAGGCCAGGAAUUUCCUCGAGAGGAUCUGGUUCUGGAUUGCCUGA